UGAGAAGAAAAAACCUACAGCAUUUAAGUACAAAAUCGAAAUUCAARUAGCAGAAUACGAUGGCACCAGGAAUCAUUACUUCGUGUUGGUCUAAGAUAGAAAYUGKAGCACAUGCAUCAAGCUUCCGACUCCCAUUAUCUUCAUUCUCACCGAUUGAUUGAUUCAUUGACCUGCAUUAUMCUCCUAUCUUCUCAAUACAUUCCGAUUCAAGAUUCAGGCGCGAAAAAAUGGCUCUUUUUGGUUCAGAGAGACGACACGGCUUGCGGUGGAUCGUUUCGGCUGCUCUUACGGCUGUUCUCCUGCUCGUGACGUUGGAAUYGACCCUGGCGUUCCGUUCUUCAAUGCCAACCUCCAUUUCUACGAACAGAAAUAGUCGAAUGUCAUCGACCGCGAGCAGCAGUUGCCUCAGCGUUGUUCCCUUGAUUGCAGACAACGCGGCACCGCUGGCGAUCGAAGCCGCUAGUACGGUGUUUGCUGCCGGAUCGUCGACAACGCUCGCCGACGCAGUCGUCGCGAGCGGCAGCAACCAGAUCAAUGCCGGGGAGCUCUUGGGCAACAGCGACUUUUUGGUCUUUGUCGCCGGCAUCUUCCCCUUUAUGUGGGCCACGUACGAAUUCUGGAGGCGCAUCAUGUUCGGGGAAUCCUUCGGAACCGGGACCGAUUCCAUCGUGAUCAUCGGGCAGGACGACGCCCCCUUUGAUUCGCGCGGCCGGCGGGUCCUGGGCACCGGUGCCCUCGUGACGGCCUACGUUCUCUUUGUCUGCGCGUUUGGGACCCUCGCGGUCGUGGGGUAUUCGGUCGCCACGUCGGCCCCGCCGUCUUCAGAGGAUCUAGCAGCAGUUGCGGCGGUGGAAUCGGUUUCGAUGUUGGUGGCUCCGUGAUGGAGUCUAUCCUCUGGUGAUCGAAUCCCGUUGCAUGAGCAGUGUCUCUUCCUCCAAUUUGCAACAGAAUGCAUACAAUGGCACAGGACAGAAUGUAACUCCGCCGCCAAUUCGAUUCAGGAAACGAAUACUGGGAAGUUUGAAAAGGAAAAACUAUAGUAUGAUUCGAAGAAUAUUCGGUUCUUUAUCCUCUCAAACGAUGCAAAGGAGAACACCGYAGUGUGCACCAUCCUUUCGAUUAAGGGAGUGGUGCAAGGGCAACAUUAAACAAUAUCUUUCGAA